AUGGCGAGCUUACAUCCAUUUGACCCCAUCACCGCGGGAGAGAUCCGGUUAGCGGUCCGGAUCCUCGAGGCCGCCUUUCCCGGUGUCAAGUUGCGUUACAAGCGUAUUGAUCUCCAGGAACCCACCAAGCAUGAGGUCGUUCCGUACCUGGAGGCCGAGCGCCGUGGAGAGCCGCGUCCUCCCAAGCCCGCUCGUCUGUUGAUGGCCUUGUUCCACCGUCUCGACAAUGGCUCUUUUCACAAGGCCUUUUUGAACGCAGACACCAAGUCCAUCGUCUCAGCCAAGGAACUGCCCAAGGAAGUCCAGGGGCCCGUGGAUGUGGACGAGAUGAUGGAGAUUGAACAGCUGUGUCUUGGUCACCCCGCCGUCAAGGCUGAGAUUGAAAAAUUACAGCUGCCCCAAGGCAUGACCGUCUGUGUCGAUCCGUGGAUCUACGGCACGGACGAUGCUAACGAAUCCCGCCGCUUGUUCCAGUGCUACAUGUAUAUCGUGGCCAGCGAUCAUCCUCAAGACAACCUGUAUUCUCUUCCCUGCAAAUUCUCUCCGAUCUUUGAUGGGAUUACCCAUGAGCUCGUCCGUAUGGACUAUCUGCCCGGAGGUGCAGACUUCCAGACCACGGACACACAGCCGUGGAAGCCUGUGAAGGCAGUUCAGUAUGCGCAGGAGCUCUUGGAUGAACCGCUGCGCACUGAUCUAAAGCCAUAUAUCGUGCAGCAGCCCGAGGGCGCCUCGUUCAGUAUUAUUGGAAAUGCCGUCUCAUGGCAGAAAUGGCGCUUUCGGGUGGGCUUCAACAAUCGCGAGGGGUUGGUGAUACACAACCUCACCUAUGAUGGCCGGAGCACUUUCUACCGCCUGUCGUUUUCCGAGAUGACCGUUCCCUAUGGAGAUCCUCGUGCUCCCUACCACCGCAAGCAAGCCUUUGACGUUGGCGAUGUCGGUUUCGGUAUCACGGCCAACCAAUUGGCCCUAGGCUGCGACUGUCUGGGCCAUAUUAAAUAUUUCAACGGUUACCGUACAGACGCCAAGGGCGAGCCUAUUCUCCUGCAGAACGUCAUCUGUAUGCAUGAACAGGAUAACGGCCUUCAGCACAAGCACACAAACUGGAGAACGGGCGCCGCUACAGCCGUCCGGAACCGCCAGCUCGUCGUCCAGAUGAUCGCAACAGUGGCGAAUUACGAAUAUAUUUUCCAGGUUAUUUUCGAUCAAGCAGCCAACAUUGAGCUCGAGGUUCGCGCAACUGGUAUUCUCUCGACCGUUCCAUUCGCAAAUGAGAAUGGCCAGACCGUUCCAUGGGGAACCAACGUCGGCCCUGGCGUCAUGGCACCCUUCCACCAACAUUUGUUCUCUCUGCGUAUUGACCCGGCACUGGAUGGUUAUAAAAACACCAUUUACUACGAGGACAGUGUGCCUAUGCCAGAGGACGAAAAUAACCCCUACUCGGUGGGCUAUAUCACCGAGCAGCAGGUCAUCAAGACGAGCGGCAGUGCCUCAACUAGCGUGGAGAAACACCGUGUCUUCAAGAUCCGCAACGAUUCUGUCAUCAACCCGAUCACACACCAUCCGAUCGCAUAUAAGCUGAUGACCGCCCCCAGUCAAAUGCUUCUCGCCAAACCCAAAUCUUUCGGGCUGAGGCGCGCCCAGUUCGCCACACGCCCAAUCUGGGUAACUAAAUACCAGGACGACGAGCUCUUCGCUGCAGGUGAAUUCACCAACCAGAGCAAGGAGUCCGAAGGUGUAGAGAAGUGGGUUGCGCGAAAUGACCCAGUUGAGAAUGAGGACGUGGUCCUGUGGCACACUUUCGGUCUUACCCAUAACCCACGGAUCGAGGACUUCCCAGUUAUGCCCAUGGAGCGUGUGAGCGUCAUGCUUAAGCCGGAUGGCUUCUUUACUAAGAACCCAGCGUUGGACGUUCCGCAUUCGGAUCAGUCGUUUAACAAGUCAACUUUGCAUCCCGAGCCUUCCUGCUGUGCUGAACCUCAGGAUCGCAGCCAGGUCAAGUUGUAA